UAAAAGUGAAUUCUCUUAGUACUAUAGAAGCUUGGUUCUGAUGGAAGUGGAACUAACUUGUGUAACUUAGAAGAUUGAAAAAAACAUUAAUGUAAAAAGAUUAAUUACGAGCAAGUUGUUUGAAGGGGACUUAACCGAUAUAAGACAUAUUCUGGUGGAAGAUUAAGACUUUUCAAAGUUUAAUGAUAAAUUGACUUAUUCUACAUAUUUUGGAUUAGACAAUGACAUCUCUUCUUAGUUUCUACCUCACCAUAGAGUCAAAAUUUCAUGACUUUGACUUGCCUACAGCAUCGCAGUUUCGCAACAGCGGUCAAUGCUAGUAGAUUUUCUUUGAUUCAUCCAUUAUUAGUAUUUAAUAUUAAUGGUAACCAAUAAAGUCUGUUGUUUGUGGUCUGAUUUUUCUCUUCAUCAUUAUUGUGACCUUCAUUUGUUGAUGUUAAUAAUAGGGGGAUGAAGGGAGUAAUAUUUUUCUGUAUUAUCUCAAACUUUUGUCAUCCUCCGAAAAUGUCUCAGCUGCAUUUUAUACAAGAAAAGAACCUUCUGUCUUUUCUCUUUCUAGUUGGAAUGUUCUUAUUACCUCUUACGUCAUCUUCUGCUGUUUUCAACUCAGGCCCCACAAAUGGAACCAUCAGGUGCAUAGAGAAGGAGAGAGAAGCUCUUCUCAAAAUACAGCCCAACUGCAAAACUAGAUUCACUAGAUACUAUUCACAGGAUGACUCUGACUACUUCCUUGAUUGCUGCAAAUGGUACGGUGUCUACUGCAACAACUUCACAGGUCGAGUUUACAGGCUUGAUUUUGUUGAAUUUCUGUCUGGCUGUGACGGCUAUAACGAGUUUUUGAUGGAGCGUUUCCAUUUAGGUCCUUCACUGCUCGCCCUGGAGGACUUGCUCUACCUAGACCUCAGUGAGUUAUACUCCGAUCCCUCCACAGCUUCGCAUAUCCCAGUCUUCAUCGGGUCCUUCCCCAAAUUAAGGUACCUUAAUAUCUCCUAUAGUGGUUUUACAGGAGAAAUCCCUCCUCAGCUUGGCAACCUUACAAGUUUGCAUUCUCUUGAGAUACGCCAAGAUGGUUAUGAUCUAUACGAGGGUACGCUGCAUGCUAAAAGCCUGGCGUGGCUUUCUCGUCUCACUUCGUUGAAGCACCUCGUUCUUGCUGAUAUUGACCUUACUGGGGCCAGAGAUUGGAUUCAUGCUGUUGGUAAUCUCCCUUCUUUGACACAUUUGAAUUUGCAUGGAUGUCGUAUCCCAAAUAUUAUUCCUUCGCGUGUUUCAAAUUUUAAUUCCUCGAAUUCUCUUACUUUCGUUAAUCUGUCAAACACCGGACUCAAGUCCUCUUCGAUAUGGACUUGGUUGUUCAAUCACACCUCUCUUGUUGAGCUGCACCUCUCUGGCAAUGAGCUAAGAGGGACAAUUCCAUAUAGUUUUAGGAACAUGACUUCUCUUUCACAUCUUGAUCUCUCUUCUAAUCAACUUGAAGGUGAAUUCCAGUAUUCUGUUCAAGGUCUUUGUAGACUACAGAACUUGGACCUGUCUCAAAAUAAUCUCACAGAAGACCUUUCAAGUAUCUUUCGUUCUCUGUCCUGUGCAGAGAACUCACUGACAUUUCUUUCUUUACAUCAUAAUCACCUUAGAGGAUCACUACCUGAUAUCACAAAAUUUUCCUCUCUAAGAAAGUUGUUUCUUCAAAGGAACAAGCUAGAUGGUUCAUUACCCCCUAGUUUUGCAAAACCUUCGAGUCUAAUCAUCUUAAACUUACAGCAGAAUCAACUUACAGGAUCAGUUCCUGAUCUCUCUUCAUUCAGAUCAUUGAAGGUGUUGCAGCUUCGAAACAAUCAUUUAAAUGGCUCUAUACAUUUAAGUCUAGGACAACUUUCUAGUCUAGAGAAGUUUGAUGUUUCUUUAAACUCUCUGAAAGGCCAUAUCUUUGCAACCCAUUUCUCAAACCACUCGAGUUUGCGUUACUUGGACAUGUCCUUUAACUCUUUGACCUUUAAUGUCAGCUAUGAUUGGGUUCCUAAGUUUAGGUUGGAGACGAUUGGACUUGCUUCUUGUAAGUUAGGCUCUCGUUUCCCAAAAUGGCUUCGAACACAAACAGACUAUUCAAGGUUGGACAUGUCUAAUACUGGGAUCUCAGACACAUUUCCUUUGUGGUUUUGGAACCUUUCUUUGGGAGCUACUUUCAUUGGCUUGUCUCAUAAUAGAUUUCAUGGUAUCUUACCUAAUUCAUCCGUUGUGUUUUCCUCUAACCCCGCCAUUGAUUUGAGCUCUAAUCUUCUUGAGGGCACGAUACCAUCUUUCUUGGCAAAUGUUGGAUACUUGAAUUUGUCCAGAAAUAGUUUCUCAGGGUCUAUUUCCUUUUUGUGUCAUGGUAGGGGAGCAAUUUUCGGUCUGGAUCUUUCACAUAACUUUUUAUCAGGGAAACUCCCGGAUUGUUGGACAGGCCAUAACAUAAAUGUUCUAGAUUUGUCAAGCAAUAGUUUUUCUGGGAAUCUUCCCAGCUCCUUCGGUUCUUUAAACAUAGGAAAUUUGCAUUUGAGGGAUAACAAGUUCUCUGGGAAGCUACCUCUAUCCAUGGCCAACUUCACUGAUUUGAUGUCUUUAGAUAUUGGAGACAAUUUAUUUGGUGGAGAAAUACCAUCAUGGAUAGGGCAUAAGCUACACAGUUUGUCUGUUUUGAGUCUCCGAAACAAUUCCUUCUCUGGGAAAAUACCAUCAGAGCUCUGUAACUUAACUUCAGUUCAAAUCAUUGAUCUGUCUAUGAACAAUAUCUCAGGCUUCAUACCACAUUGCUUGUGUAAUCUGACAUCAAUGACACAGAAAAAGACAACUCCAACGAUGAGUUACGAAAGCAAUGGCACAUUCUCAAGCAUUGGUGAGCGUUACCAAGAUUAUAUCUCCCUUGCAUUGAAAGGUUUUACAUAUGAGUAUAAACAGCAUUUGGAGCUAGUAAAAAGCAUUGAUUUUUCAAGCAACAGCUUAAGUGGGGAUAUUCCUGCAGAAAUUUCAUGUCUUACCGGGUUAGUUUCCUUGAACCUUUCAGGAAACAAUCUCAUGGGAUCAAUCACUCCAAAUGUAGGUCAACUGAAGUCUUUAGAAUCCCUAGACUUGUCUAAUAACCAUCUUUCUGGGGAAAUUCCUUCAACUCUUUCGGAAUUGAGCUUUCUUGGAACUUUAAGCUUAGCAAAAAACAACUUUUCCGGGAGAAUUCCGACUGGCACUCAAAUACAAGGCUUUAGUGUCUCAGUGUUUGCAGGAAAUCCAAGGCUUUGUGGAGAUCCACUUCUUAAGAAGUGCAUUAUUGGAGGGAAAGCAAAUGGUAACAGUGAUCAGGAGAGUCUGAAACCCGAAAAUAACGACAAAGUUGUAUCUUUGGGAUUGUAUAUCAGCAUUGUGCUUGGAUUUAUUACAGGAUUCUGGGUAGUUUGUGGUGGUCUUGUGUUAAACAAGUCUUGGAGAUAUGCCUUUUUUGGCUUCUGGAUUCAUGUGUAUGACAGGAUAUAUGUGAUCGUUGCUCUGAAGAUGGCUGUAAUUGGAAGGCAGUUCCAAAGUUAAGUUAGAGUUCACGCAGAUUUACUGUAUAAUCUUGUGUUUGUGAUUAUAAAAAACAACUAGGAACGUGUAUUUCCCAUAAACCCGUGAUGAUAUAUUUAAGUGUACAUUAUAUCCUAAAGAAAUGCACCUCAAAUUAGUUCGAGAAAUUUCAAAGUAGUACCUCUUUUCCUAAAUUUUAUAUUUAAGUGUCUUCAAUUUAAUGGAGAUCAUUAUUGUACAUCAGUACAUGUAUCAACCUUGGCAGUGACUAGUGAGUGAUCAAUUAGUUGGUGUGUUGUUGGUUGUAGCCAACUGCUAUUUUACUUGGACUCUUCAUUUUACCUCAAGUACCCAUGUCGUAUCAUCGACACUCGGACAUGGGUAUGGACACUGGACACUUCAUUUUGGACGAAAUCAUGAAUGUUUUUCACAAAAUAGCCGAGUCAGACACUUGAACACGUACCCGUAUCCGAGUAACAUAGGCCGACUGUUUCAGAGUUAUGUUCUGGAUUUGCCUUGGUUUGCUAUACUGCUGCUUUUCAACAGAUGGUAUGCUAGGUUUGUUUUGCAGGGAUCCAGUUUAGGUGGGUGCAGCUUUCAGUUCUGUUGUGCUUGGUUCUACUUGCUGCUGUUUUCUGGUGCUUCUGCAGUGGUGUUGUACUGCAAUAUGAAGGGUGAAGGUCACUUAUGAGUUGCUGGUGUGAUUUUGCAGUCAGCAUUCAAACUGGAGAAGAGCUUCUGCAUUGUUUUUGUGUUUACUACAGGUUGGCCUGUUUUUUUAAUUUUGCUGGUUGGGUUUUAUUUUAGUAAGGCUCAUCAAUCAUCAUUCAAAUGGAAGAAGGCAGGAACAAUGGCUUGAUGUUUGUGCUGCAAAUGCAAUGCUGUUUCUUUUUGUCACUUGGUCUUAGGUUACAAGAGUUGACUUUGACUUUUUUUGUUUGUUUUUGAGUUCUUGUUUCUUGCUCCGUUUGUUUUGGUGGUUUGUAGAGCUUAUUUUUGUUGGGUGUUUGUUUUGUGGGUGUU